ACACAGUCUACACAAACACACACUUCCCACCUUUAUUUAAACAAGUCUCUCGCCUUCACUCGAUCAUCAUCAUCUCUUUCUUCUUCUACUAGUUAUAAGCAAUGGCAAAGUCUCUAGCUGGGUUGGCGCUUCUGGCCGCUCUUAUUAUAGCGGUUGAUGCGUUUAGGCCUUCUGGUUUAACCAAUGGCCACGCCACAUUCUAUGGAGGGAGUGACGCUUCUGGAACAAUGGGCGGAGCUUGUGGGUACGGAGAUCUCUACUCGGCGGGGUACGGUACAAUGACGGCGGCGCUAAGCACGGCUUUGUUUAACAACGGAGCUUCUUGCGGCGAAUGCUAUAGGAUAACGUGCGACUACGCGGCGGACUCACGGUGGUGCAAGAAAGGAGCUUCGGUGGUGAUAACAGCAACCAACUUCUGCCCACCGAACUUCGCCCUCCCCAACAACGACGGUGGCUGGUGCAACCCGCCGCUCAAACAUUUCGACAUGGCACAGCCCGCUUGGGAAAAGAUCGGAAUCUACAGAGGCGGAAUCGUCCCCGUCGUGUUCCAAAGAGUAAGUUGUUACAAGAGAGGAGGAGUGAGAUUCAGAAUCAACGGGAGGGACUACUUCGAGCUAGUGAACAUUUCGAACGUAGGAGGAGCUGGUUCGAUUCAAUCUGUCUCCAUUAAAGGAUCAAAGACUGGCUGGUUAGCUAUGUCUCGUAACUGGGGAGCUAAUUGGCAAUCAAACGCUUAUCUCGAUGGUCAAUCUCUUUCUUUCUCCAUCACCACUACCGAUGGUGCUACGAGAGUCUUCCUCAAUGUUGUUCCUUCUUCUUGGUCUUUCGGACAGACUUAUUCUUCAAGAGUUCAGUUUUAAGAUUGUUUUGUUUGUCUGUAUGUCUGAAAAAAAGUUAUUGGCUGUGGUCGCGCUCUGUAUCUCUGUUUCUUUUCUCCCGGAGUGACCCGCCCGCUUUGUUUUUUCUUUCUGGUUUGAUGGGUCUGUUUAUGGAGAAGAUCCGAUUCUAUUUGAGGAAAUGAUUAUAUAUAUUUGUUGUGUGUAUUUUAUUUGAA